GUUCAUUAAAUCAAUAUCUAUACUAUAAUCCCUAACUAUAUUACGUAAACUUUAACUAUACUUCGCAUACUCACUCUCGUCUCUCACUAAACGUCCCUCAGCACAGUGAAAAAUUAUGAGCUUUUCGCCCACCACUGAAAACAGCCCAACUCCACGGAGGUUCAACGAGGGACGUUUCGCUCUCUUGACAAAUCAUCAUCUCGGCCAACUGCCACUUUUCUUCUGCCAUAACCACAGAUAUAACCACAAAUCAUCAUGAAUAUAUCAUCUAUACUAUCAGCCGAUACUGGACCUAGUGAAUCCAAGACAUCAAUACAUAACUUAAUUGAAGAUAUUUCUACUACUACUACCACAAAUACAAAUACAAGUGGACCAGAAACUACUGUGAAUGGAAAUAGUAAUACUGGUACAUUAUCUACUAUUAAUCAAUUACUGUUUGAACCAAGUAAUUUUGUAGAUGAAGCCAUUACACCAGUUAUUUCCAAUUCAAUCUUUAGUGAACAAAAUAUUAAUGAUCAUCAAAUAGAUGAUAAUUAUCAUAGGACAUUUCAAGCAAAUAUUAAUAGACUUAAUCAACUCGAUGAACAAGUCACAUUAUCUCAAGAUUUAAAGCUUCUAAAAUUCAAUGAACUUAAAUUAAAUAAACUUAUUGUUAAAUCAUCUGAAUUUUCAUUUAAUUAUUUAAAUCGAGUUAUUGCUGAAGAUAUAAGUACAAGAAAUAAUAAAAUUAGUGAUACAAAUAAGAAUAAAGAUUUAAUACCUUUAGAUUAUUCUAAACCUUUACAUCAUAAUACAACUCGAGGGAAAGAAUUUAAAUGGGGAUCAACUAGAGAAAUUAUUAAGAUUGAUGCUAAAAAACGGAAACGUACAGCUGCUGCUGUAGCAGCGGCUGCAAUUGCUUCAACUGCAACUCCAACGAAUUCUAAAUCUAUUAAAGGUGGUAAUUCAUUAAAUUUAACUCCUAGACCUAUUAAACCUAAGAGAAAGAUUGAAGAUAUUUCAGCUGAUACUUCAGAUACAACAUCAUCAGGAGGGAAACGUCAAAGAAGGAAACCUUCAUUAUAUGGAGAAGAAGAUUCACUGGAUUCUAAAAUUAAAUUAAAACUUAAAUUAAAAGCUGGAGAAGAUGAUAAAAAAUCAUCCAGUAAUAAUGGUAAAUCAACAAAUGCCACUACUACAAAAGAACUUAAAGUACUUGUUAAACAAUAUGAUAAUACUUAUGUAGCUAUUUGGAAAGAUUUAUCUAGAAAAGAUGGACCAAAAGUUAGUAGAUUAGUUCAACAAUCAACUCAAGCUCGAUUAAUUAAUCUUCGAAAGACAGCUAUAUUGGCAGCUAGAGAAGCCAAAAGAUGGCAAUUAAGAAAUAAUAAGAAUCAAAAGGAUUUAACAACUAAAGCAAGAAGAGCCAUGAGAGAAAUGUUUAAUUUCUGGAAACGAAAUGAAAGAAUUGAACGAGAAUUAAAGAAGAAAUAUGAAAAGGAAUUACUUGAUAAAGCUAAACGAGAAGAAGAAGAAAGAGAAGCUAAACGUCAAUCACGGAAAUUAAAUUUUCUUAUUACUCAAACAGAAUUAUAUUCUCAUUUUAUUGGUAAGAAGAUUAAAACUGAUGAAAUUGAAGGAUCAGAUUCUGAUCCAAAUAUUGCUCGAUUAAAAGCUGCUAAUUCAACUAAUAAUUCAUUUGAUAAAUAUACUGAUAUUAAUCAUAUUGAUCAUAAAGUUGAUGAUAUUAAUACAAUUGAUUUUGAUAAUGCUGAUGAAGAAGAUUUAACUCGAGCAGCUGCAGCAAAUGCUCAAAAUGCUUUAUUAGCAGCUCAAUCAAAGGCAAAACAAUUUGAUGAUGAUCCAUUAAAGAAUCCUGAUACAAAUGGAGAAGAAAUGAAUUUCCAAAAUCCAACCUUAUUAGGAGAUAUAACAAUUGCUCAACCAAAUUUAUUAAAAUGUACUUUAAAAGAAUAUCAAUUAAAGGGACUUAAUUGGUUAGCUAAUCUUUAUGAUCAAGGUAUUAAUGGGAUUUUAGCUGAUGAAAUGGGUUUAGGUAAAACUGUACAAUCAAUUUCUGUAUUAUCAUAUCUUGCAGAAACUCAUAAUAUUUGGGGACCAUUUUUAGUGGUAACUCCAGCAUCAACUUUACAUAAUUGGCAACAAGAAAUUAGUCGAUUUGUACCUGAUUUUAAAGUAUUACCUUAUUGGGGGAAUGCAAAAGAUCGGAAAAUAUUAAGAAAAUUUUGGGAUAGAAAAUCAUUUAGAUAUGGUAAAGAUGCUCCAUUUCAUGUCUUAGUUACAUCUUAUCAAUUAGUUGUUGUUGAUGCACCAUAUUUUCAAAAAAUGAAAUGGCAAUAUAUGAUAUUAGAUGAAGCACAAGCCAUUAAAUCAUCGCAAUCAUCCAGAUGGAAAUCUUUAUUAUCAUUUAGUUGUAGAAAUCGUUUAUUACUUACAGGAACUCCUAUACAAAAUUCUAUGCAAGAAUUAUGGGCUUUAUUACAUUUUAUUAUGCCAUCAUUAUUUGAUUCUCAUGAUGAAUUUAGUGAUUGGUUCUCUAAGGAUAUUGAAAGUCAUGCUCAAUCUAAUACAGGAUUAGAUGAACAACAAUUAAGACGAUUACAUAUGAUUUUAAAACCAUUUAUGCUUCGGAGAAUUAAAAAGAAUGUUCAAAGUGAAUUGGGUGAUAAAGUUGAAAUUGAUCUUUUCUGUGAUUUAACUAAUCGUCAAAAGAAAUAUUAUCAAAUGUUAAGAUCUCAAAUAUCUAUUGCUGAUUUAUUAGAUUCUGUUUCAACAGCUUCGGGAGAAGAUGCAACUUCAUUAAUUAAUUUAGUUAUGCAAUUCCGGAAAGUUUGUAAUCAUCCUGAUUUAUUUGAAAGAGCCGAUGUUAAAUCAGCAUUUUCAUUUGCAAAAUUCGCUGAAACUUCAUCAUUCUUACGAGAAUCAAAUGAUUUAGAGAUGAGUUAUUCAUCGGAAAAUUUAAUUCAUUAUAGAGUUCCCAAAUUAAUCUAUGAUGAAUUACUUAUGCCAAGUUUUACCAAUGAUUUAGAAACUAAACGAGUUAAUAUAUUGAAUAAAUUCAAUAUCUAUAAUCCAGAAAAUGUCAUUAGAAAUAAGUCUGAUUCCACAUUUUCUUGGUUAAGAUUUGUCGAUGUUUCUCCACAAGAAUUACAUACAAUUACUCAAACUAAUAUAAUUAAUCGAGCUAUGAAUCUUAAAUCAUAUACUGAUAAGAAUUAUAAUAAGAUUAAUCGAUUCCAAUACUUGUAUGAAGGAGAUUAUAUUCCUAUUAAUAAAUCCUUAUUAAUUAAUGAGUAUAAUAAUAAUCAAGCCGAAAUUAAUAAUUCUUAUCAUUUACGAGAAUUAUAUACGGUACAAACUAAAGUUUAUGAAGAUAUGUAUAUAAAUAUUAUGAAACCAGCAGCUGAACCAAUUGCUUGUGCUCCACCAAUAAGUAUCAUAUGUUCAAGUAAAUUAUUUACUAAUCGAUUAUAUGAUAAUUUAUUUGAUAAAUCUAUUCAACAGAAAUUAUUACCAUUAUCAUUAAAUAAUGAAUUACAAUUAUUAGAUGAUAAUAUACCACUUGAAGAAUUUCCUAAAUCGGAUUUAUUACCUCGUCCAAUAAAUAAUUUAAUUGAUUAUUCUAAUAUUAGAAUGCCAUCAAUGCUUAGAUUUAUUACUGAAUCAGGGAAAUUAGCUAAACUUGAUGAAUUAUUAGUGGAAUUAAAACAAAAUGAUCAUCGAGUACUUAUUUAUUUUCAAAUGACAAGAAUGAUGGAUCUUAUGGAAGAAUAUUUAACUUAUAGACAACAUAAAUAUAUUCGAUUAGAUGGAUCAUCUAAAUUAGAUGAUAGAAGAGAUUUAGUUCAUGAUUGGCAAACUAAACCAGAAAUCUUUAUAUUUUUAUUAAGUACUCGAGCUGGAGGAUUAGGAAUUAAUUUAACUGCGGCUGAUACAGUAAUCUUUUAUGAUUCAGAUUGGAAUCCAACCAUUGAUUCUCAAGCCAUGGAUAGAGCUCAUAGAUUAGGACAAACUAGACAAGUAACUGUUUAUAGAUUACUUACUAGAGGUACAAUUGAAGAAAGAAUGAGAGAUCGAGCUAAACAAAAGGAACAAGUUCAACAAGUUGUAAUGGAAGGUAAAGGUACAAUGAUGAUUAAUAAAAAAGAUGAAGCGGCCAAUAAAAAGAAGGAUGUAGCAUUUUUAUUAUUAGGAGAAGAAAAUGAAAAUGAUGAAAGUACAACUGAAAGUACUCCAGCACCAGAAGGUUUUAUAGCCCCUCUGAAAAAGAAGAAGAGAAAGUUAUCAGCUGAUGAUGCACUUAGUAGUAAGAAACUUGAAGAAUUAUAUCAUGAAGGUGAAGGGUCCUUUUCCGGCAAUGUAACUCCGGCGCCAUAGAUUCAUAAUUAAAGUAUAUUAAUGUAAUAAAUAGAAUAGUAGC